AUGUAUUAAUAUGUGGAAGGUACCUAAUUUAUGUAAAAUCUGUAAAAUUUGGAUUGGAAUAUAGGCUAUGAAUAAUUAACAAUAGGAGAAUAAUUAGCUUAGGAAUUAUUGACUGCAACUAAUAUUAAAAGUGUCAAUAUUAAUGGAAAUGAAAUAGUUAAAGGCAAUACAUUUCCAGUAGUUUAUAAUGAAGCUUAAUUAAAUAAAUCAAUCAUUUAAUUGCUUAUUUUAAAUGGAUAAAUUAAUAUUUAUGGACCUUAACUCAAUUUCUAAAUUAUAGACUAUUAAUUUUAAUAUAUUUAGAAUCAAGCAUUUUUAAAUAGAUAUAAUUUAACUUCUGGAACAAUAAGUUUUGAUUAUAGAUAAAGAAUUAUACUAAAUUCAGAAUAAUUAGUUACUGGUAUGUGGAAUUGUACUUCUAUCUUAAAUUUACCUUAAAAUCAAUAAUUUAUUAACUGUCUUCGUAAAUUUAUAAAUUAAAUUACAUAAAAGGGUAAUAAGAGAAUCAAAUUUACAAAAUAAGAUUCCUUUAUUCUUGUUAUUUUUGAUGUAUAAGCAACUUGUAUAUUGGUAUCUUUAGGAGAUCCAAUACUCUAAUUAAUUUAUAAACCAAAGGUCUAUAGAUUAUGGGAGAAUUUCUUAAAUAAGAAUUCAUUUUCAUCAGAUCUUCAAUUUUCAAUUAAUGAAUAUGAUCAAUUAGAAAAUCAGAUCUCAACAUUAUAAAAUGAGUAUUCUAAUAUGUUGAAAUUGUUAUUAGAACCCUCAAAUCAAUUAAUUGAUAGUGUUCCUAAUAAAACUAGUCUUUUAAUUUUAUCUAAAUCUAAUCAUUAAACUAAUAAUCAUAAUUCGAUAGCUAGUCAUUAAUUUUAAGGUUUACUUUAAGUAAGUAGCUAAAAAUUAUUUACAGGUAGAUCACAUUUAGAUACAAAACGUGGAUAUCAUUUAUCAGUAGGGCAACUUUCGGAAACUUCAUUUCUUCAAGAUAUACCUUUAAUCAAUUAAAUUAAUUAAUGA